GCCCGCCGCAGCAGCACCAUGUCGGGCCGCGAGCACACGGGAUCCACCAACGUGGUUUACCAAGCCCAUCAUGUCAGCAGGAGUAAGAGAGGACAAGUUGUCGGCACCAGGGGAGGGUUCCGAGGCUGCACCGUUUGGCUCACAGGCCUUUCUGGUGCUGGCAAGACAACCAUUGGCUUUGCUCUGGAGGAGUACCUGGUGGCUCAUGGCAUCCCCUGCUACUCCCUGGACGGCGACAACGUCCGGCACGGCUUGAACAAGAACCUGGGCUUCUCGGCCCAGGACCGCGAGGAGAACAUCCGGCGCAUCGCCGAGGUGGCGCGGCUCUUCGCCGACGCGGGGCUCGUCUGCAUCACCAGCUUCAUCUCCCCCUUCACCAAGGAUCGUCUGAACGCACGGAAAAUUCAUGAGGCAGCUGGACUUCCUUUCUUUGAAAUCUUUGUAGAUGCUCCUCUAAAUAUUUGUGAAAGCAGAGAUGUGAAGGGCCUGUACAAAAAGGCAAGAGCUGGAGAGAUCAAAGGAUUCACGGGGAUUGACUCAGAGUACGAGAAACCCAAAGCUCCUGAGCUGGUGCUGAAAACAAACAUUGCAUCGGUGUCUGAGUGCAUCGAGCAGGUCGUGGAGCUCCUGCAGGCACAGAACAUCGUGCCCCAGGGCUCAGUCAAGGAUGUUCUAGAGCUCUUUGUGCCUGAGGAUAAACUCAGCAGUGUCCGGGCUGAGGCAGAGAAGCUGCCAGCACUGGAGAUCACGAAGCUGGAUCUGCAGUGGGUGCAGGUGCUGGGCGAAGGCUGGGCCACUCCUCUGACAGGAUUCAUGCGGGAGGCAGAGUACCUGCAAGUGCUGCACUUUGGCACCCUGCUCAACGACGGCGUGGUGAACCUGAGCAUCCCCAUCGUGCUGCCGCUGUCGGCGGAGGACAAGCAGCGGCUGGAGGGCAGCGCGGCGCUGGCGCUCAGCUUCCAGGGCCGGCGGCUGGCCGUGCUGCGCGGCCCCGAGUUCUUCCAGCACAGGAAGGAGGAGCGCUGCGCCCGCGUCUGGGGCACCGCCUGCCCCCGCCACCCGCACAUCCAGAUGGUGAUGGAGAGUGGAGACUGGCUGGUUGGUGGAGACCUGCAGGUCCUGGAGAAGAUCAAAUGGAACGAUGGGCUGGACCAGUACCGCCUGACCCCGCUGGCUCUCAAGCAGAAGUUCAGGGAAAUGAAUGCUGACGCCGUCUUCGCCUUCCAGCUGCGCAACCCGGUGCACAACGGGCACGCGCUGCUGAUGCAGGACACGCGGCGCCAGCUCCUGGAGAGGGGCUACAAGAACCCCGUGCUGCUGCUGCACCCCCUGGGCGGCUGGACCAAGGACGACGACGUCCCUCUGGAGUGGCGCAUGAAGCAGCACGCGGCCGUGCUGGAGGAGCAAGUCCUGGACCCCAAGUCCACCAUCGUGGCCAUCUUCCCCUCUCCCAUGCUCUACGCUGGCCCCACGGAGGUGCAGUGGCACUGCCGGGCCCGGAUGGUGGCGGGGGCCAACUUCUACAUCGUGGGGCGCGACCCGGCGGGGAUGCCGCACCCCGACACCAAGCAGGACCUGUACGAGGCCACGCACGGUGGGAAGGUGCUGAGCAUGGCCCCCGGCCUCACCUCCGUGGAGAUCCUCCCCUUCCGGGUGGCUGCCUACAACAAGCUCAAAAGAGCCAUGGAUUUCUACGACCCCAAAAGGCACGAUGAUUUUGACUUCAUCUCAGGAACACGCAUGAGGAAGCUUGCUCGGGAAGGGGAGAACCCCCCGGACGGCUUCAUGGCCCCCAAAGCCUGGAAAGUCCUCACCACCUACUACCAGUCACUGGAAAAAACGAAUUAACUCCUCCUCCUCCCUAGAAAUACCUGUAUUAAGAGUGAGCAAUGAUCAAUUGAUUCCCUGUGACACAGAUCUCCUUGGCAUGACCCUGGGAUUUUCCUACCCGGGUCAGAGUGUGUUUUACCAAUCAGAAAUACUUUGAGCCUGAUCCUUCUCCCCCUAAAGCUGCUGGGAGUGUCCCAUGGAGCUGGAAGGGAUGGGAGUGGGGCCUUUGUUCCCAGUGGUGCCAGGAGGUGCCACUGGGAUGGCCACGGUGCCGCCAGGGCCCCCCAGCAGCUCCCAGUGCAGAGGGGACCGGGAUCAAUCCUGCCUGUGCCCUGCCUGGAGCAGAAAUGAAGAAGUGCCUUUCCACCUUGUGCCUUAGACAGUUUUUGCUAAUUAACAGCAGAAUCUUUUUAAUGCCCCUUUUAUAAAAAGGACUUUUUAAGAUCA